UUCGUGACGUCACCGUGGGAAAUUUCAAUAGCAAAGCUGAGUCGGAUUUGCGAUGUUCUCGGAAGUCUUCUAAAAAAAUUCAUGUUUCAACUUUUUUGAGGAUUCUUGAGUUUUUCAAAAUAACAAUGCCAACAUCAGGAGAAAGUGGAAUUGUUCCAUCAUCUACAUACAACCUAAGGAGAAGACCAUUGCCAAAGACUUCAUGUAGACCUACUACCAGGAGUUCUAAUAAGGAGAAUAUCAGUACAGGGAAGGUAACAUCAGCAACAAGAUCUACAAGGACUACAAAAAAUGCAGAACAGAGCAAAAUUCCUGUGCCAAACAGCAAGAUCCCUGUCUCCAGCAACAGCAGGAUACCUGUCGCAAAGACCACCAGAUCAACAGCCUCCAAGACAUCGGGCGCUUCUUCCAGGACCCCGACGCGCAGGAAAGUCCCAGACUUUGAGAAGCUUCACAAGUCAUGGAACAAAAAGUUCCAGCAAGGCAAAGCUGUCAUAAAGAAACCAUGUACACAGACCGAGGCUUUUGACUUGACGAGGCCGGGCACCGAGUUCAAGAGUGCAUAUUACGAUGGCACGAAGAAAGACGUUAAAAGCAGGCGGCAGACGGGCUUCGGCUUCAGGCCGGAUGGUGAUGAUUUUCACGUCGAUAAUGGGGCCCUGAAUGACAUCCUCAAUGGUCAAGGGGAAGAGGAUGAGGAGGAGAGGAAAGUGUCUUCAAGAGCAACUCUUGCUGGGACAGGUGUAUCAACGGGACCUACCUCACAUAUCGCUGGCAGGAGGCAAACUUUAGGACAAUUACCAUCAACAGGGGCGGGGCGGGUGAACAACUGCUCAAACAUCUUGUCGGACAGAGAAAUCAGCAAGCCAGUUUCACAUGGUGGGAAGAAAUCCCUCACACAAGAACAGACAGAAGCUGGAAUAACGUUUGAGAUGAGUGCUGACUCCCUUGCCAGCAUUUUGAACAACACCGGACUACACUCAUCUCAUAAAAAACAUGUCAUCAUGGGAGGGCGACAGACGAUUGGCGGAAUGUCUGCCAAACAGAGACAGUCUGCUAGAUCAAAUAUGACAACUGGAAGGACAUCGAUCUACUACCAGAAACCCAAGAAUCAUGAUGUCACUAAGGUCUACAGUGAGUUCGCCAAGAGGACCUUGUCCAGAUUCACUAUGGAUGGGAACCAGGCGAGCUUCAAGAAUGACUUCAUCAACAGCCUUCUGCCAGAUAACAGAGGGUCCAUAUACUUCAAGCAAAGCAACCCAGCUCCCGAGAAACCAGUUCUGGACAGACCAAAGAGUUCUGCCGCCGUCAGUCGAACUCCGGGAACGGCUGCGAGAAUUCCUAAUCCUCGUUUCAAGAAGCAGGACCAGUCGUGCUCUCCUGCCCUUACACCAGCAAGGCGCAUCCCUACAACACCCGGGGGGCAGAGUCAGAAGAAUGUUCGUUGGGCGGAUGUCCUCUCAUCACCUACAGAGGGAGACAUAGCAGACCAAACUAAGGAUGUGGUAGCUGUUCUCAAUUUUGGCGAUGAUUGCGAAGAUGUAGUUUCUCCCGAGACAAAGACAAGACUUGAGGAGGUGCAGAAGAUUGAGGCCGAGACUGUCCUUAACAGGCAAAAGCUAAAUGAAAUGGAGGAGAUAGAAAAGCAACUGGAGCUGGAGAUAGCUCGUCUUCAUGAAGCAGGAGAUCGGGAAGAUCUUGAAGAGCCUGUCUGUCAACCUGCCUCAACUGUGCCCCAACCAGACCCUAACCUGCACAGGGUUGAUUCCAUCACAUCAAACACUCUUGACCAGAUCCCUACGAAGCAGCCCGCAAAUUAUCUUGAUCCAGUCAAACUAUCCACAGCUUACAAAGGAGAAACUACCCAUGUACCGAAACCUGAGAAUACAUCACAAGAGUAUACUACAGUGUCCGAGGUAGGGCUCCAGCAGCAUGGCACAAGGGAAGUACAACAUCUUCAGGAAAAGGUCCAGAGAGGUCAAAGCUAUAUGCAGACAUUAAACCUUGAUAGGGUAUUCAAUCAUCAACAUGGUGAUACAGCACAGCCGAGAGAAAGUUGUUAUCAAAAUGCUGUUUCUAGUAGGGGUAUUGGUGUGAGGAGAGAGGAGCCAAGAUCGUUUCCCUUGCCAUCGGACAGUCAGGUUGUUUCAGCCAUUGCUGACAAGCCAAGCGCAGUCAAGCCAGAAGUGACAAGUCAUGGUAUUGUUGAUGCUGCUGUGCAUGAGGUUGAUCAUGGGAAUGAUGGCUCGCUGCGGCUUCAGUAUCCAUCAGGAUCAAGGCUGAUGGUUACGGAUAGUACAGAAGCUUUCUGUGGUGUCUUCCCUCCAUUCCUGCAGAACUCUUACCAAUCGUCCAGGCAUCCCGAAGAUCACACUUUUCCAGGUAAAUUAACCGGUCAGGGAAGUUCUCAGGGUAAUAAUGUAAUGCCUGCAUCCUCUACAGUGAAAACAGGGGUAGAUGACUUUUUCCAUAGGAUGACGGUAGACAUGGAUCAUAAUCGCCAUCACCUUAUGGCAGACAGAGACAAUGAGAACGAUAUGUUGCCUACGACGCUGAGUUAUGACCGCAGCAAACCGAUUGCGAUGACUGACCCACAUGGUGGGAGAACUAUUUCUCAAUCAUUUACUCAAUCAUUUGUACCACAAUCCUCUAUAGAAAGUACUAAACCACACAUAUCACAUGACGUUCCCCAAGCAUUCAGUGUUCCGACCAAACCCACAGCACCCACUGAAAAUCCACAGUUGACGAUACACACGCCUCAGCCAUCAAGAGCUGUACCCAGAGGAAACUCAUUCCUCAACCCCACUCCACAUUUGCGUACCAUGUCAACUCCCCUUCACCAUUCAUCAAUGAUGCCAACUCCCAUUCAAACACCCUUGGCCAUGAGACACUCUUCAUUGACAUUGUCCUCGGGUAGAGAACAUCAUGAGUGGGCGUCACCCAUCGCUACCAAUGCCCAACGCUUCCCUCUGUAUGGUGAUAAAUUUUCUGCCCCAAGGUCAUCAAACAUUGACAAGUCAAAAGAGAAUUACCAUCAGGCUAUAAGCUCUUGUGGCCCUCUGUCAGAAACAACAUCCGUUGCCCAACACUUCCUUCCGUAUGGUCACAACCUGCCUGCCCCCAGGUCAUCAACCAUGGACAGGUCGCAACAGAAUUUCCAUCAGACUACAACCUCUGGCAGCCAUCUAGAAACAGCUGUGUCCUCAUCGAUUCAUCCCAUCGUGGGCUCACUGCCGAAUCGGCCAGAACAUCCUGUAGGAUCUGUGUCUACGGCUUUCCAGUACAGGCGACCUCAUUCUGCGUCAGUGUCUUCCGAGUGCCCCAGGAUCGCUCCCAGUCAGAGUUCAGGGGCUGCCGGGUCACUCUCUCUGAGUGACAGUCUCCGAGGUGGUCACCAUCGAGAGCCAGUUCUUCCAGUGAAGCGACAAAUGAUGACAGAGAGAGAAACCAGUGGCCAGUUGUUUCACCAAGUACUGUUAGACGAAGAGUGCGCCCUCUAUGCCUGUCGAUUGAAAGGAAGAAACACACCCGAAUCGAGAGAACCCCGCCCCCUCAAUCCUGUCAGUAAAGUCCUCAUGUAUGGCGAUGAUAUGCAUUUUGUUCCGAUCAGAGAUAUUGAAUUUCUGGUUGCCUCUCCAGUUGGAUCUGCCUUCUCCAACUACUAUGUAGCAACGUGAUUCAAAGUACGAACACAUCACAUUUUGAGAUCAUGGUGAGAUGUAGGCACUUGCAGAGCUGCAAGAGCUGAAAGAUCCAUAAUGCUUCCCACAAUUUUAGCUUAGGAUUAUGAGGUGUUGCAAGAAACUUUCAGCUUAUUCCCAAUCAAGUCCCAAAAUCACGCAUUUGUCAUUUAAUUAAACACAAAUUUUUAGUUGAUUUGUAUUCAAUUACAGAUCAACUUUCUUGCAGCGCUCCAUUACAGAUGAUUUUGGGGCUUGCACUUUAUUUGCAAUUUAAAGAAAGCGUUUUGCAAUGCCCAAUGGACUAUUGUCAAAGUGCAAAGAGUUGUGAUUGAUCCAAUCAACCUCAACUAUAUGGAAAUCCAUCAUUGUCAUAAUUUUUCAUUCAGGAUAUUUGCACAAUGUCGUUUGUGAGCAAAGAGGAGCACACUGAAUUGUCAAGACAUCAGUGAAUGUGUCAUUAUACAUCGUAUCUAGAAGUUUUUUUGGGGGAACAAACAUGCAUUUUAGAUGUUGACGUUGCUGGCUUUCCAUAGUUGCGGCUGAUCGAAUCAAUAGCAAUUCUUUGUAUGACAGGAUCCAGAGUUCAGAUUAUGAGUCUGUUUCUUGAGAGAAAUUUAGAUGGGCAAUUGUCAGGGGCGUAAGUACGUUGUGACACAAGGUUGCUCUUUAAAAAGUCUGUUUGACCUGGCUCUUUCUGUGUAAAAAAAGUUGUACAACAUGUCUCCUUCUAAUAUUACAUUCAGCUCUUCUAGUGUAAUCCUAAAAGUGAUUUUCAAUUUUGUUCCUGUAUCUGAAUUCUGUUUCUGUUUAUGGUAACUCCCGUAGGAACUCGGCAGGACAGCAUUUUGCUGGUAAACGCCAAGCUGGUGUAUAACCAAUUACCUAGGAAACAUGUUUACGUCUAGGUUAAUCAGUCAUAAUGGCUGACCUUUUCGACGACAGAUAUUACUCUGGGGCCUUUUUAUCAAAGUGGAGACAGUGGCAGAGUGGGGAUUUGAACUCACAACCUUGUGAGUCCAAUGCUUUAACCACUGGACCACACAACCCGUGUUUCUAUAAACUUUGUUUCAGUGACACUGUCAAUCACUCCUGUAUUAAUCCAAACUCAAAAGUUUGACCCUGUCUAAUUCAACAGAUAUUACUUAUUAAGGAGGAUUGGGUGUUGAGAGUAUCGAGAAAUGCCUAAAAUGUUUGAAUUGUGUUCUAUUCUUGUCUAUGGUGAUUGUACUUAAGUCAUGAAUUUAUCACUGUAAAUAUAUAAGUUGCCUUUAUGUACAGCACAUUAAUUACUAGGACUUUUUCUGCCUUCAUUCUUAAAAUAUUUUUAGCAUAAAAUAUGUUGUGCAUAUUCACUGACCUUGAAAUAUUUAAUUGAACAUGUAAAAAGAUCUUUUGUUUUCUCCCUUUGGUGGGAGUCUCCAAACUAUGGUGCUACAUGUAUGACGUUCACGUUUAAGAUCUUCUGAUUCAAAAUUGCUUGCAGUUCCUAAAAGAAAUCAUGAGGACCAUCUUUGUGGAAUCGGUUGCCAUAUUCCAUUCAUAUUUCAAACAUCGAUUGUUUCUAAAUUUUUCUAAAAACCCAUUUGUUUAAAAUUGCCUUCCAGUAGUUUCCUCUCAUUGUCAUGACUGUGUUUCUUUUAUCCUUGUCUCUUCCUGCUCCAUGUAAUUGUUCUUAUUUCUUUUUUUCAGCGCCUUGGGCACAUAAUCAAUGUGGAUUUGGCACUUUAGAAAUACACUAUAUUAUUAUUAUUUAUUCUACAAAAUGAGCUGUGUAGAAAUGCCCUUUGAUGCUGCCUUUGACGGGCUCAUGUGGCCAUGUUGCCGUGAUUUGUAUUUAUAAACCUCCAUUUAGCUAUGAUCCUGCAACCUAAUUAUGCUCCUUGUCACCCACGCCAACACCAAAAUUGAAAUUAUUACCCACUCUUCCAAUCAAAGGGCCUGUCAUAACCCCAUAAUUUAUCCAAUAUCUGUGUAUCGAUUUAGACACAGGAAGUGUUUUUAGAGCUUUUUUAUGUAAAACUUUUUUUGCAAAUAUAUUCUUUUGUAAGACAAAGUUUGUAAUAUCAGUAUGUAAAUUAGAUAUAUAAAUGUAUAUAUUCUUUUCUGUAAUGUAGAGUGUAGAUUGUAUCAUAUGUACAUGUACUGUAGAGAGAGUAAAAAAAUUGUGUUUACAUUAAAAUAUUGGUUUGUAUAGAAGCCUGCCAUGUUUAAUACCCUUGUAUCUGAUUGUAGAUACUGCUUGAAAUUAUGUUAUGUGAGAAGCUGAUUUUAAAAUGAAAUAAAGAAGUUAAUGUAUACAAAGGA